AUGUACCCUGUGCAGGACGGCCGGAUGGGGCGGCGUUUCGUUCUAACACUGGUGAUCGGAAUAUCUGCUGGUUUUAGUUUCGCGUACAUUCUGUUAACCUCGGCCGGUUUCACGCGGGAUGUAGCCUGGUCCUACAGAGAUUCAGCAAGAGAUCUCGAAAAACAUCCAAUACCGAGCGUCAUAGAUCACGGUAAAGACGAGCCCGCUCAUAGAGAUGAAGACAGAACUGUUGCGGAUGAAUUGGCUAAAAGAGUACGGGUUCUGUGCUGGGUUAUGACACAGCCGAGUAACCAUAAGAAGAAGGCUAUCCAUGUUAAAGCCACGUGGGGGAAGAGAUGCAAUAAACUAUUGUUUAUGAGCACCGUCGAAGAUGAGAGUUUGCCAUCAGUGAAGCUUCCAGUAUCGGAAGGUAGGGAUUAUCUUUGGGCGAAGACUAAAGCAGCCUUCAGAUAUGUGUACGAACAUCACAGAAGAGACGCUGACUGGUUUCUUAAAGCUGAUGACGACACGUAUGUCAUAGUUGAAAACCUGAGGUACAUGUUGUCUGAACACGACAGCAAAGAACCGAUGUAUUUCGGAUGUAGAUUCAAACCAUUCACCUCACAGGGUUACAUGAGCGGUGGUGCGGGGUACGUAUUAAGUCGAGCGGCUCUAGACAAGUUCGUGAGAACCGGCCUACCGUCACCACAUCUGUGUAAGGCGGGCGACCACGGGGCAGAAGACGCUGAAAUGGGUAUAUGUCUUCAACAUUUGGGCGUAAAGGCGAUGGAUUCACGGGAUUCUCUCAAUCGUGGAAGAUUCUUUCCGUUCGUUCCUAAGGAUCAUUUGUUCCCCAACAAGGAUAAAGGCUUUUGGUACUGGCAGUACAUAUACUAUCCCACUGACGAGGGUCUAGACUGUUGUUCCGACCACGCGGUUUCCUUCCACUACGUGAAUCCUGAACAGAUGUAUGUAUUGGACUAUUUGAUAUACCAUCUAAGACCAUACGGCAUCAGUUACAAGGGAUCUAUACCUAGAAACGACACUGACGUAAGAUAG